CCAACAUCCGUCCUCUUUGUGACGUUGCCGACUCAUCAACUACAUCCGGGUAACUGUGGUGACCUUGGUUGGUUGAUCAUCAUGGCGGCUCUCAUCAGGUUGAGUUCUGUGUGUCGCAGAGGAAUUAAACCUCUGUUCUACCAAAGCGCUUUGCUGGCCAGGCCACUAGUCGUACCAAACAAAUACCAGGAGCAGCCCCACCUGCUGACAGCGAGGAUUCAUUCGUCACAGGCUCUCUAUGCGGGCUCUGACUCCAAAGCUGCGUCUUUGCAUUGGACAGCAGAGCGAGUGCUGAGCAUCCUGCUGUUGGCCAUGGGCCCUGUAGCUUAUUUUUCCCCUGGUCCUGUCAUUGACUACUCCCUGGCUGCUGCCCUGACCCUGCACGGACACUGGGGCAUAGGGCAGGUGUUGACAGACUAUGUUCACGGGGACACAAAAAUCAAGAUCGCCAAUGCAAGUCUCUUCGUCCUGUCCACCGUCACCUUUGCCGGUCUCUGCUACUUUAACUACAACGACGUGGGAAUCUGCAAAGCCAUCGCCCUUCUCUGGAGCAAAUGAACAUGACUAUGGACUGGGAAGCUCAGGAGAACACACACAUUGGGGCAAGAGCAAUGUUGUCCUGGCUGACUGUAAAAAAUUCAAGGCGUUCUUUGUAAAUUCAUAUAAAUAUAUCAUUUUGACAAUAUUGCAUUCA